AUGGCAAACUCUCACUCAAUCCUCCUCUUUUCCAUCUUCCUCUUCUUCUCAGUGACUCUCUCUUCAUCGACUCACCCUAAAAACAUCACCGUUCAGCUCAUCCACCGUGACUCUCCUCAUUCCCCACUCUACAACCCUCUAACCUCCGUCACCGACCGCCUCAACGCCGCUUUCCUCCGCUCCAUCUCUCGUUCCAAACGCUUCAACAUCAAAUCCCAAACCGAUCUCCAGUCCGGUUUAAUCGGAGCAGGCGGCGAGUUCUUCAUGAGUAUCACCAUCGGUACACCACCGAUGAAGGUCCUCGCGAUAGCCGACACAGGGAGUGACCUAACUUGGGUCCAAUGCAAACCCUGCGAACAGUGUUAUAAAGAGAACGGUCCAAUCUUCGACAAGAAGAAAUCCUCUUCUUACAAGAACGAGCCUUGCGACUCACGUAACUGCCAAGCUUUAUCCACACACGAACGUGGAUGCGACGAGUCCAAAAACGUAUGCAAGUAUCGUUACUCGUACGGAGACCAAUCGUUCACAAAAGGAGACGUUGCCACAGAAACUAUCUCCAUUGGCGCUGCUUCAGGGUCCUCUGUUUCUUUCCCCGAUACUGUUUUCGGCUGCGGCUACAACAACGGCGGCACGUUCGACGAGACUGGUUCCGGCAUCAUCGGACUCGGUGGCGGUCAGUUAUCUUUAAUCUCCCAGCUCGGUUCGUCGAUUUCGAAUAAAUUCUCUUAUUGCUUGUCGCACAAGUCAUCUACCACAAAUGGCACAAGCGUCAUAAACCUAGGAACCAACUCGAUUCCUUCCGGUCUCAGUCGAGACUCCGGCGUGGUUUCCACUCCGUUGGUCGAUAAGGAGCCUCGGACUUACUAUCACUUGACGCUCAAAGCCAUCUCCGUCGGCAAAACAAAGAUCCCGUACACCGGAAAGUCGUAUAGCCCUAACGACGACGACGAGAUGUUCUCGGAGAGGAAGGGAAACAUCAUAAUCGACUCGGGAACGACGCUGACGCUCCUCGACUCAGGUUUCUUCGACAGGUUUGGCGCGGCGGUUGAGGAAUCGGUGACCGGAGCCAAGCGCGUGAGUGAUCCACAGGGGCUUUUGUCACACUGUUUCAGAUCCGGAAACGCGGAGAUCGGUUUGCCGGAGAUUACGGUUCAUUUCGCCGGCGCCGACGUGAGGCUGAGUCCAAUAAACGCGUUCGUGAAAGUGAGUGAAGAUAUGGUUUGCAUGAGCAUGAUUCCGACCACCGAGGUCGCCAUCUACGGGAACUUUGCUCAGAUGGAUUUUCUCGUUGGGUAUGACUUGGAGGCAAGAACGGUGUCGUUUCAGCCCAUGGAUUGCUCUGCGAAUUUCUGA